AUGCCUCCUGUGGAAUUAACUACAAAUGCUGGUGAAAAUGCCGGUAAUCAACCAACAACUAUUGUACCUGUACCAGCAGCUUUUGUUCCACCAUCUGUCAAAGCUAAAAUUGGUAUUAUUUAUCCACCACCUGAAGUUCGAAAUAUUGUUGAUAAAACAGCUAGUUUUGUUGCAAGAAAUGGACCAAGUUUUGAGAGUAAAGUCAAAGAAGCUGAAUCGAAUAAUGCAAAAUUUAAUUUUUUAAAUCCGCAUGAUCCUUAUCAUGCCUAUUAUUUACAUAAAGUUAAAGAAUUUAUGGAAGGUAAGGCAGCUAUGCCUGGUACUGCUGAACAACAACAACAACAGCAAACACUUGCACUAACACCAUCGAUGCAGACUAAUGCUAACAAAGUUCAAACAAAAGCUCAAAGCGACAUAUCGAAAUUUCUUGAGCCAAUCAUAAUUAAAGAUCCACCAAGUGAAUAUGAAUUUAUGAUUGAACCACCAUCAAUAUCAGCUUAUGAACUUGAUAUUGUUAAGUUAACAGCACAAUUUGUUGCUCGUAAUGGUCGUCAAUUUCUAACAUCAUUAAUGUCGAAAGAAGCUCGAAAUCCUCAAUUUGAUUUUCUCAAACCAGCACAUGGUCUAUUUAAUUAUUUUACAAAACUUGUCGAACAGUAUACAAAAAUUUUAAUACCAUCCAAAGAACUUUUAACAAAGUUAUCUGUUGAUAUUGAUAAUCAACAAAAAAUAAUGGAUGAAGUUAAUUAUCGUGUUGAAUGGGUUAAACAUCAACUACGUGAACGAGCAAAAGAAGAAGAAGCUGUCGAAAAAGAACGAGCUGCUUAUUCACAAAUUGAUUGGCAUGAAUUUGUUGUGGUCGAAACUGUUGAUUAUCAACCACAAGAACAGGGUAACUUUCCGCCUCCAACAACACCCGAAAUGGUUGGCGCACGAAUGCUUCUACAAGAACGUUUAGAUCGAAAUAACUUUCAGCAUAUCACAUCAACAACAAUGGUUAGCAUGUCGGAUCUUUCGGCAGAAAUGGACAUGGGAUCACCUCCUCAUUCACCACCAUCAGCCAUGAUGUCAACUGUUAAUAUGCAAGAAAUGGACAUGGAACAAGAUGAUGACGAUAUGAAUGUACCACCACCUCCACAAGCACCUCAGCCGCCAUUCAUUCAUCGUGGUGCUCCUCCUCCACCAGUAAUGAUAUCGCGUAUUCCAGCUAAUCAACCUCCAUUACCACCUGGUUUACCAACAAAUACUCUGCCACCAGCUAUACCAACAGAUAAAUUACCAACACCAUUAAAACCACAAGAUGUUAUUAUUAAAUCAUAUAAUCCUAAAGAAAAAAUGUUAACAAUACAUCAAGGUGAACAAUACUUAAUAUCGCCAAUUACAAAAGAGAAAAUUCUUGCGAAUAGUAUUUCAUCGCAUACAAAAUAUGCUUUACUUGAUCCAGCAUGGAUUCAACGACGAGAAAAAGAAGUUGCUGAACAACAAGAAAAAGAACAAGUUUACGAACCAGGUUCACAUGUUGAACUUGAGUUGAAAAAAUUUGCCGAACGUCGUACAGAUAUUUUUGGUAUGGGUUCACAAGAAACAAUCAUUGGUCGAAAAAUUGGUGAAGAGGAACGACGUCCUGAUGAUAAAGUUCAAUGGGAUGGUCAUACAGCAACAGCUGAAAAAACAUCGAAGAAAGCAUUGGCCAAUAUAACAAUAGAAGAGCAAAUCAAUGCUAUUCAUCGUAGUCAAGGUCUUAUUGAUGAUGAUUCUUCAGCAGCUAAUCGUAUCGGUCCGUCAAUACCAAAACCAACUACAACAUCAACAUAUUCAUCAACAGCUAAAACAAUUCAAAAACCACCCCAACUUUCAACAUUAGUAACAAAACCUAUGGCUCCUAUGAAUGCACCACCUCAACGAACGCUUCUUGCUACGCAAAUUAUGCCGCGCCCUGGUAUGCAACCAGUUACUAUUCUUCCUCAACCAACACACACAAUGGUUGCUAUGUCGUCAAUGGUUGCUGUAGCGCCACAGCCACCAUUACAUCCACCACCAUUAGCAGAGGAACCCUCUGCGAAAAGAUCGAAAACUGAAGAUCAACUUAUGCCAGAAGAAGAAUUUUUUAAAACAUUCGGACGAGGUCAAGUUACGAUUACAGUUCAAUUACCAAUUGUACCAGAAAAACCAGAAUGGAACCUUAAUGGACAAGCUAUACCAUUAACUAUGCCACUAACUGAUCCAAUUUCGGUUAUUAAAGCUAAACUAUCCGAUUUACUUGGUGGUAUGCCUGCAGGAAAACAAAAGCUUGUUUACAAUGACAUGUUUGUUAAAGAUUCAAAUUCGCUUGGAUUCUAUAAUAUGAUGAACGGUUCAGUUGUUUACUUACAAUUGAAAGAACGUGGUGGACGAAAAAAAUAA